AUGGAGCGGCUUCUUGACAUUGUUCAUGUUCAAGAUACUAGUGCUUUAUCUCUAAAGAGGGCAAUUGUUAAUUUACUUGCUCAACAUUCCUUAAGUCUAUCAUAUGUGCGUGGACAAUGUUACGAUGGGGCAAGCAACAUGCAAGGUGAGAUCAAUGGCCUUAAAAUGUUGAUUAGGCAAAAAAGUAGAUCAGCCCAUUCCAUUCAUUGUUUUGCUCAUCAACUUCAACUAACUCUUGUUGCGGUUUCGAAAAAAUGUAUUGAAGUGGGAAAACUUGUAGUGUUGGUUUCAAAUAAUUUGAAUGUAUUGGGAUAUUCUUUUAAGCGUAUGGAUGAAUUUCGAGAUUCUCAAAAAGAAAGAAUUCAAGAGGCAUUAGAUUUGGGUGAGCUUACAACCGGUAGUGGCUUGAAUCAAGAACUUGGUCUUUCAAGAGCUUGUGAUACGCGUUGGGGAUCUCAUUUUAAAUCUUUCAACAAUUUUAUUCUUAUGUUUGGCUCUAUUCUUAAUGUUCUUGAAUCACUUGUUCUUGAUGCACGAUUAUUGGAUGAAAGAGCCAAGGCGAUGGGAUAUCUUGAAGCUUGUCGAACAUAUGACAUUGCGUUCAUGUUGCAUUUGAUGAGUGAUGUUUUAGCAAUCACAAAUGAGCUUAAUAAAUGCUUACAAAAAAAGGAGCAAGAUUUGGCAAAUGCCAUGUUACUUGUUGAAGUAGCAAAAAUAAGGUUGCAAGCAUAUAGGGAUGAAGAAUGGGAUUCUCUUAUUGCUAGGGUGUCUUUGUUUUGUAUCAAGCAUGAAAUUUUGGUACCUAACUUUGAGGAGCCAUAUGUUAGCUCUUUAAGAUCACGAAGGAGACUUGGUGACAAUAAAGUCUCUCAUCAUUAUGGUGUUGAGGUAUUUUCCAAUAUUAUUGAUUGGCAACUUCAAGAACUUAAAGAUCGUUUUGGCGAAGCGACGACUGAUUUGCUUCAUGGAAUUUCUUGUUUGAAUCCAAUUGACUUGUUUUCAAGUUUUGAUAUCAGGAAAAUAAUGAAAAAGGCUAAAUUAUAUCCUGAUGACUUUAAUGAAUUCAAUAUGGGUUCUCUUGAGAAUCAACUUGCAAGUUACAUUAUUGAUGUUCGUGAUGUUGAUGAAAGGUUCUCCAAUCUAAAAGGGCUUUGUGAUCUUUCGAAAAAAUUAGUUCAGACAAAGAAGCAUUCAAAUUAUCCUCUUGUAUUCCGCUUAGUGAAACUUUCUUUGCUUCUGCCGGUUGCCACUGCAUCCGUUGAAAGAACUUUUUCAGCAAUGAAGUUUAUCAAGAAUGACUUGCGGAGUCAAAUGAGUGAUGAUUUUUUUAGCGGUUGUUUGGUGCCUUAUCUAGAAAAAGAUGUAUUUGAUAAUGUUUCUAAUGAUGCUAUUAUUAAGACAUUUCAAGAUAUGAAACCUCGUAGAGUACAAUUGUAG